CAUGCGGUUUAUGGAACCAUGCGCCGUGGUUGAUAAUAAGCCCUGAACCAUGAGAAGAUACCUGGGUACGUAUACUUGCAGUGAAAAUAGAGCGGUCGGCCCCAUCUAAUUUCUGCAGUGAACGUGGAUUUUCUCCCUCACUAGGCAACAGUGAGCUCUUUCACCUGGGCGCGUCCGUUUGUCGGCGCCUCAGCUUCCUAUAAAACUGCUGCCUCCUAAUCAAACGCUUCUCUUUUCUCCACCCCACAUCCCUUUGUUGCUUGAGCACGACAACAAGAUGUCUGCGCCGUACCCGAGCUUCGGUGAACCGUUGCCAGGCGGACGCUGGCUUUCACGCUCCGAGGAGGAGAUUGCAGAGCAUAUGGAUAGCCGCAACCUACGCUAUCGCAAGGGAUGGCCCCAACUUCCACCGCUUCCAGUCUCGAACAUCAGAAACGGCGCUCGCAAUACGGUGAACGACCCGCAAGCCGUCAUAGAUAUGGUGCAGGUAUUGUGCCAGGCUCAGAAGAUCCAGCCCACUGACAUCUACUUUGCGUUUCGGGUACCGGAAGUUCAACAGCCAGGUGAGCAGUACCACACACUGGUAGUCACCGCCGAUCUCAGCAACGACCCCAUUCUCUACUCACUCAUCAUCCAAAUCCGUCGGUAUUUGCAACAAGACCCGCGGCAUCAGGAGAUAUCGAUCGAGAUCAUCGAUCACCGCGUCGUACAUGGUCUGUUCAGUUUCGCUAUUCCUCCGUCCGAAGAGCAUCUACUGGACGUCUGGCAACCGGUCUUCAACAUUGUCUUGGAAGAAAUCCGCAAACAGAAGGAGAAAUGGACCACGAUCGAAAUGUUGUAUCGCGGCUUGGAACGCGAUGCAGCACGGUGUCCGGCAACCGUCGUGAUCACGUCGCCAAAUGCUGCAGGCGACAUCUGGAUUAAGGCGAUUAUCCCGGACAUUCACAAACGCGUCCUGGUGCUAUCUCCUUCUCUCAGAGUCGAGUUGCUUUGCGGCUCAUCUCUUCACGUCGCUUCACAGGGAGCAAUACCUGAUGCACAGAUGUACGAAGACCAUGUACCGAUGGGCGCUUCCAUUGGACAGGGAGAUCCUGAGAUCCAUUCGGGUACAGCCGGUGGCAUGGUGAAGUUGUCAGAUGGCACGGAAUAUGCCUUAACCAACCAUCAUGUUGUACGCAAUGACGGUCUCGACAAUCUGCUCACCAAGAAGUCCAGCGACUCAAGCGAACGACCGUUCCUGGAGCCUGGAAACCCCGCAUUCGAUUCUAACAAACAUAUCCUCACAUGUCCGUCCAACGAGGACAACGCAAACUUCAUCCAAGACCGUAAAAGGUAUGAGCAGCAGUGGUUGACUCAAACCAAGACCCCUGCGGCACCGCAGUAUCUUGCUUCCACACGAGCCGAGCUCACGAUGGCAAGAACGACAGAUCGUUCUCUUGGAACAGUCCAUGCUUCUUCAGGUCUACGAACAGUCAAGUGCGAAAAGCUCUCAAGUAACCCCGCAGAUGGGAAACCUGUAGCAGAAACCGGCAAGUCUCAGUUUCGUUUCAUGCUGGACUGGUGCCUGUUAGCCUUCCAUCCCGGGCGUGGCAUGUCCAACUUUCUUCCCAUGCGGCAGCAGUACAACAUCGGUGGCUACAGCACCCUCAUGUCAGGGCAACAAUGUUCGCAGUGGACGGUCAUGAACAACCCCAAGUGCCAUAUCUUGAGGGACGAAGUAAGCGUUGGCAAGUUUGGUCGUACCACAGGUUUCACAUACGGAAUAAUCAACUCGAUUCCCACCGUCAUCAACCCCGAGAUCGAAGGAGGACAAUACAAAUUCUCUUCUGAGACCUCUAGUUUCACAGUCAAAGACUGUGGCCACAGCAUGUCAUUCGUCGCUCAUAAAGGCACAGCUGUGGGUAAAGGAGACUCUGGAAGCAUCGUCUUGCACGCGCCUUCCGGUGACUGGCUUGGCCUUCUUUUUGGUGAAACGAAAACUGAGGCUGCUCUCUUCACACCCAUUGAUCUCGUCUUUCGAGAUAUCGAGAAGGUGACUGGGCACAAGGUCGUUGAACCUGUCUUCAACUGUAACUGAUUUGUAAAGCAGUACGAUGUCUGCAAUUCAAGGAAGCAUGAGUCGCGAGCAUAGAUCUUGGAUGAAAGAGAGUGACACUGCUGUAUGUUUUUUGUCUCGCUUUUGUUCCUCGAAAGUCUUCCAUUCACGACUGUGGAACUGUGGUCCGUGCGUUAUGUACCUAAGAGCAUACGGAUCGAGGCCGCCA